CAUGGCGAAGGAAUUGAAAGUGAUAUUGAAGAGCUCAGACAAUGAAACUCUCGAGUUUGAUGCGGACGUGGCAUUUGAAUCUGAAACGAUCAAGAAUAUGAUUGAGGAUACGGGCAGGGAGAGCGCCGUGCCCUUGCCGAAUGUAAGCACUAUCCUGGCCAAAGUAAUCGAAUAUUGUAAGUAUCAUGUGGAUGCCGCCAAGACCAGCGAAGAAAAGAGUGCUAUUUCGGAGGAGGAUGUGAAGAAGUGGGAUCAGGAGUUCGUGAAGGUGGAUCAAGAUACUCUAUUUGAUCUUAUACUGGCUGCCAACUAUCUGAAUACAAAGAAUCUUCUGGACUUAACGUGCCAAACUGUAGCUGACAUGAUUAAGGGCAAAACCCCAGAAGAGAUCUGGAAGACAUUUAACAUAAAAAAUGACUUCACUCCUGAAGAGGAGGCAGAAGUCAGGCGUGAAAAUCAAUGGGCCUUUGAGUAAAUCUGGAAGUUACUUUAUAUAUAGUUGUGGCAUAGGACUUGGUUUUCUUACCCGUACGUACUAAAAAUGACUUAUU